UCUGUCGUCACGCAACUCGACCCGCAGGUGAACAGUUCAUAUGCAGCUUCCUUCUUCCCAUAGCUCGCCACUCGCAGCGCGCGCACACUCGCCAGCCAGCCCUCCGGCUGUCUGCUUUUCAGGCUCGCACAAUGGUGCGCCAGGUUGAAAAACCUGGCCGAGCCAAGCUUUGAGGUCCACAAAGGAGGAUUGCACGCGGUCCGAAUUAGGACAAGCGUGGAUGCAGAUGCUGACAUUGGACAAGAGGAUGACUGCUUGAACAGGAGGCAGCUUCGUGGGCGUCAAGCUUUCCUUCCACUUCCACAUGCUCCCAAAGCUGACAUGUUCAAGCCACGUGAGACUGCAAGCUGAGAUUUGUCCUUGAGGGAAAAAGCAGAAUGUGUCCAACUGCGUCCCGUCUCAUGCGCCAGAGCAGCGUCCACCCCGCGGCCGCCGCUUUGCUUCUUUCCCUUUGUCUCGGCUUCACUCCGUGGGCACUCGCGUGCCCGCCAGGUUGCAUUUGCGCUAGCGAUAUCGUUUCCUGCAGCGGCAGCAAUCUGUCGACGCUGCCCCCCGACCUCCCCGAUUACGCGGCGCGCGUAGACCUGAGCCACAAUUCCCUGACCGCUCUGCCCGCCGAUUGGAUUCGUCGCCCUUUCGACCGGCUGGCCGCGCUGCUUCUCGGCCGCAAUAGCAUCAGGCAAAUUGAGGCCAACGCCUUCGCGGUGACACCUCGUCUCCUACACUUGGAUCUGUCGUCCAACAAACUAUCAGUGCUCAAUUCAUCUAUCUUCAGUGGCCUGGCCGAGUUGAGAGAGCUGCUGCUGUUCGGUAACCAGAUUGUCCAGAUCAAUCCUAACGCCUUUAGCGGUCUCCGCAGCCUGGUCAAGCUCUACCUGUCUGGAAACGGGCUGACAUCCCUCCCUGUAAUUCUCCUUGAUGGAGGGGGGCCGCUCAACCUGACCUUUCUAGACGUGUCAUCCAACAAAAUCAUCAGGGUGCACGUUCACAUGCUGCUCACCCUGAGCCGACAUGCUGGAAUUUAUUUGCAGGGAAACCCUCUCACGUGCGACUGCGCUUUACUCGGUCUACUCGAGUAUUGGACUUGGAAACAGUAUCUCCCUUUGUUGGACUUUAAAGACGACUACCUAUGCAGGGAUGACACCGUGCUCAAGCUAAAUUGCACCACGGAUGAGGUGGUUCCCGUCGAGGCGGGAAGCUAUCAAGUCGAUCCGGGAAAAUGGUUGCGGUUGCCGUGCCCUGGCUUUUCCUCGAACGAUCCAGCAGUUUUCUGGGUGACCCCCACAACAGUGCUGAAUAGUUCAGCUCACGAUCCAAACGCUCACCUCGCGGUCCUCCCCAAUGGCUCCCUGGAGAUAAGAGGAGCGCUAACGGAGGACUCCGGUACCUACGCUUGCGUAGCGGCACGCGGCCGCGAAACGUCCCCCGAGGUCAACGUGGUCGUGGGAAACCUGAGUUCCGUCGCCGCUAGUGGUUCAGCCCAUCGUGGCGGAGGCGAGCAUUUCAACACAGCUUUCACCACCUUGGCUUCCUGUGUUGUUAGCAUCAUACUGGUGCUCCUCUAUCUUUACUUGACGCCCUGUCGGUGCAGGGAAAACAGAGGCGGUGCCUCCAGAGGGUGCGGGGGGCGAGCGAUCAUCCUCUGUUCCGACCCUAGGGACGUCGAGUCGGGACAGCGGCGGUCCAACGGGAAAAGGGUAGCAUUCUUAGAGCCCCAAAUGGAAGACGGUGAUACCGCUGGUGCAAAGUCACCGGUCAUCAACACAAGUCACGCUAGCACCGAGGGAAUCCUUAAAAACGGAAACAGGACAGUGGGACAGAGCCCCACAGACACAACCCUCAUUGUAUAACACCCAAAAAAUCUUUCAUCUAAAAGACCAAUAUCCCUCCAGCACUGUAAUGUCAUAUGGAAAUGUUACUGUGGUGACAGCAGAGAUCACCAAGGCCAUUAAAAUGCAGGCGACGGAACAAACACAUUCAAGUCAAUACGAUGAUACCGCAGCUGCGAAGCUUAUUGUCAAGUCUGACUGACUAUUGAUAAUUAGAAAACCCAACCUCGUUUGAACUGAGUUGAUGAACUCUGCUACUCUAUUUCACUGUUUUGAUAAGUUGGAACAUUGUAGUACUUGACUGUCUUGAAAGCAACUGAACAAUGUGAUAGGAUUCAUUUAAGGCAGGGGUGUCCAAACAUUUUGCAAAGGGGGCCAGAUUUGGUGUGGUAAAAAUGUGGAGGCCCGACCUUGGCUGACGUCCUUUACGUAGAACAAUAUAUUUAAGCAAAUUUUAGCAAGCCAUUCUGUGUGUCACAUUUGCUUUAUAUUUUUUUUUGUGCUGAAACGAUGACUCGAUUAACUCGAGUAUUUGAUUCAAGAAAAAUGAUCCGAAAUAAAUUUUGCUGUUUCAAGUAUUCGUUUAAUUAAAGUGAUACGCUGCCCUCUAGCCUGCCUCAUUUCACAUGGCUGAAUCCAGCUGCUCCCUGUUAAGACCAACAUAAGCCAUGUUUUUGUUUGAGUUAGUUUUUUAAAUGCAUUCAUAAUUUAGUUUAUUGGUAUAUUUUAGGGCUGCAGCUAUCGAAUAUUUUAGUAAUCGACUGAAAAUUCUAUCGAUUAAUCGAGUAAUCGGAUAAAACAAAUAUAUUUUUAGGUGAAGAGCAAUUAUAAAUAUACAUGAGAAAACAAGACGUUUAUUUCAUCUAAUCUUGAACCAUUUUCAGUCAAUCAAUGUUUUCCAUGUAUAUUGUUGAAAACAGCCAACAAUUGCAUCUCAGAUGUAACUAGAACAAAAAAAAAAGACUAAUUCACUGCUUAACUCAAAAAACUUUUAGAUCUUAUUAAGAAGAAAAAAAAAUAUAUAUAUAUAUAUAUCUUACCUAAAAAUGCCAUUAUGCUUGAUAACACACAUCACUUAAAAGUUAGGAUUUUUUCCCGCGUGUUUCAAUUGAAUUUCUAUUUGUGUCAAGCCAUUUUUAAGUUCUAGUUAAGUUUUAAGUUAGUCUAAACUGUAAGUCCUGAUAGGAUUUUGAGUUUUUGCAGUGUUCAAAAUAAAUGUAUGAUACAGGCUGUAUGGAGCAAUUAGGGACCAGUGCUACUUGGUGUUUUAUCCAGCAAUGACUACUGAGCUAAAAUUGAUAGUUAGCAUUAUUAAGUUUUUAUUUUACACCCUCAUCACUCCACAAUGCUAUGUUAUGUUAAACCCUGUAUGUAAGACACGUUAGCCACGCAUCGACAGUGGUCAUAAUUAAUAGAAACCUAGCCCUCCGCAGGACUAACGUUACAUGAGCUAGUAGCGACAGUAACGUUAAUCUUAUUUAUUAGCGCUUAGCACUCUUUAUUAGCGCUUAGCGCUCUACUGCUUUAAGAUGGCGGCUGUUUACUAACACUGCCCAGACGCGGCCGAGUCUGUCAUUUAGCAUCUAGUUCAACAUACAUGUGAUGUCUAUGAGACGCAUCAGACGCUACCUGCUACCAACAUAGCAUCGUGCGGGCUAGUAUUUAGCAACGUCGGCGUCGUUUGUAGCGGCUGUCGGCUGCAGUAAGUUUUUUUUUUUUUUUCCCCUUCCUCCUCUCCGCACGUGACAUCAGCGCAUUGUCCCGCAUUAAAAGUAGUCCGAGCAAAACGUGAUGCAUAGAGCUGUCAAAAUAAACGAUUACUCGAGGUGAAUAAAAUUACUCGGAUCAGUUUUUAAACUCGAGUUACUCGAGUUGCUCGAGUAUUCGUUUCAGCUCUAGUAGAUUAAGCAGUUUUUUUGUUGUUUUUUGUGGGAAUAUGUGUCUGAACCAUUUGUCAAGAGCAUUGUAAAAAAAAAA